AGCUUUUUUUUUGCGGUGUUUGUCGUCCGUGAAGUAACGCAACACGACUGCUACAUCAGAGUACCAAGGAGCCCGUUGUGCGCCACAAUUAAGAAGUUCUGGGCCGAGUCUUCGGCAUUUGCCUGCGGAGUUUCAGUUUCGUAGAAACAACCUUAAUCUUGCAACAAGCAGAUUGGUUCUUCUUCUGAAGCUUCCUUUUUAACGAUCUUCCAUAUAUAAUUCCAAGAUGGUUCGCGAAAGUGAAGAGCAAAAGGUGGAGCAACUGGAGGCACAGCGCCAGAAAAAGGAAUCCACUGCACAGGAGAGAAGAUUGGAGGAGCAACAGACUCGAGUAAAAAAACAGAAACAGCAGCAGAAAGUAAAGCAACUUGUGCAAGAAGAAGAGAAGCAGGCGCAGGAGAACACGAGCAAAGUUGGAAAAGAAGAGAAAGCUGGAACUACAACUGCGUCUUCGACGUCAUCCAUCAAAACUGUUAAUGUUCCGGACAACCUCCCAGAGCAGCGACAGCGGACGACUGUGAUCAACAUUUCAAGUCGCGGCGAUGUCUUCCAGGACCUGCAAGAUAGCUUCCGGGUAUUUAAAUGGGAUGUAGCUCAGAACGACAACGAGGCACAUAUCAAUUUGUGAUGCCGAUAAGGCAUCGACGUCUAGUUUGGUCAUUUCUAGCCAGCAAUGCGAAAGCGAAUGCCAUGACCAAAACUUCCAUCACUAGAUACAAUUCCAUGUUGUCAAAAAAACCCACGAUCAGGGCACCCCAGUCGAACUGCACCUGACCUACUCUCCGGAAUUUGCGGAUCCGAUCAAGAAGGGGCCCAACGUCCUCGCACUGCGGCACAACGUGGAAACUAUCCUAUGUAAAAACGUCCCCACCCCAUAGUCAAGAUGGGGACUCGGCUAGACAAAUCCACAAGUUUUGGGUGUUUUGCAUGACAAAUUUGGACUCGUAGUGUAGUGCUGUUUGAGCUAGCUCGGCAGCAUCACAGAUCUAUUUUAUCAUGCUGAUUGGAGCAUGACAAAUUCCAAAACACGACUGGAAAGCGCUUCUCAUCGGGCUCCGCAUGAGAAACAUUUUCAGCAUGCAGAUUUGCAUGACAACUCUGGGGUGGGUACGUUUUUACACAGGAUAGAAACUACGACCGAUUCGCAUCAGUGGGCGAAUUCGAACAUUCUGCAGUUCGCGUGGGAGCAAAUGCACAAGAACGCGAUUUUUCCGGAUCAAAGCACGCGGCUCACCCUCGCCCAGUACGAAAACUACCGGAAGUAUUUGGUCACGACGGGGCGACUGCGGGAUGACGCGCUGAACGGCAACCCGAACCCGUUGACGCAAAAGUGGCAGUGGAACGAACCGACCUUGGACGCGUUGUUCUUCUCCCCCGGUGGGCAAUCCCCGCUGCAAUUGGAGAACGAAAUGGUCGUUUUCACCCGGUACAACCAGUUCUGGUUUCAGUGUACCAAUAUCCGGGUCUCCAUCGGGCGUGACUGCCGCCCGCAAAACAUAAGUCCCGGCAUUCCACCGGACGAGGUGCGGGUGUACAGUGGGGAGAGAUGGACCACGGAAAAUGUAUCAAAUGCAGAUAUGUUUGGGUCUGGAAACUUGUGAUGCGAAACUUUGCAUGCUCGCAGAACCUCUAAUGCAGCCAAGCAUGACAAGUUAAAGAUAAAGUUUUUAGGAAGCUCUCUCAUGCGCAGUACGCACGGUACAAACUGCGUUUUUGCAUGACAAAUGUUAUGUAGCUGCGUCCUUGUCCGUCACGCAAUACAGAUUUUGUAGGAGUGCCAGACAAGCAACAGAAGUUCCAUUUUUCCAGACCUAGAAAUAUUUACAGGCGAUAAAAUCGAGUCAGUGACAAUUGGGUGCGGGUAACCCCGGAACGGUGGCCCUUGGUCAAUAGGGAGUACCUGAAGGAGGCGGGGGUAUAGAUUACGAAAUUGCAGUGUGUGAAGAUGCGGGGAAAAAAGAAGCGAAAUGCUUUAUCAUGCGAUGUUCUCACUUUUGAACGACAAUGAAUAAGAAUGUAGAACGAUAUUAGCGACCAUCGGAAUUAACAUCAUGAUUUGAGCAAUCGUACUUAAACAAAUCAAAACUAAAACUGCAGAUCAUCCGCCCGUCGGACCCGGCGGUUUUCCAAUCAAGCCAGGGACCCGCUACCGUGGCGGAUACAAGUGGGUCGUGUUGCGGAAUGUUUCUGGAGAAAGGAGGUUCAACAUCGACGAGUGUAGCAAGUUCCUCAUCGUCCUGGUACGAGAACAUUUCGGCGUUUCUGCAGCAGAAAAAAGACUACGUGGAAGUGAACGCUGACGGGAGUGUGGAGAUGGGUAGCAAUUAUGCAGCGUCCGGUGGUAGUAGUGGUUCCUCUAUGUCCUCCUCGUCUUCAGAUCUGAACAGCGAGGUUCCUGAUGGCGGGGUAACAACAUCCUCCACUCCCUCCGGAACUUCGGGGUCUACCUCCGAUGGACAGAUCAAUAAGGGCGAGGGGGCGAUUUAUGGACUGCCCGAUUCCUCGCUGCUGAAGCACAUUUCGCCCGCGGAAGGAGAGCGGUCCGACGCGGCGGAUUUGUUGCUGCUCAACGGAAGAAGUAGCAUCGGGGCAGCUACGUCGCAGAAAAUUCCGAUUGCUGAUUUGUUUGCGAUAGCGGAGGAAGACAGUCGGGUGCGGCACGUGAUGAGGCACCAAGGUAGAGUAUCCUGAGUAAAAACGUACCCACACCAGAGUUGUAAUGCAGAUUUGCAAAGACAGGAAGACUUGUAAUGCGCAUCCCCAUGAGAGCCAUUUCCAAUCGUGUUUUGGAAUUUGUGAUGCUGUGAACAGGAUGAGCAGAUGAAUCUGUGAUGCGGCUGCACUUGCUAACCUGCACUACACUGCAGAGUGCAACUUGUCAUGCGUGAUUCACAAAGCUCCUAGGUUUGUGUUGCAAAAUCCCCAUCCUGACUCUGGUUUGGGUACGUUUUUCCUCAGGAUAUAGAGGGUUCUUGGCAUGUGUUUGUGUUGAUGGGCAAAAUGUAAAUGAGCCACCACUUUAGUUUUCAAAAAUUGAUUGAUAUGUAUCAAACAAAAAGUGUGAGCGACCGUCAUACCGUUACACUUUUCCAAAACCAAACUUUCCAGCCGCCGACGAAGCCCUCCUUUCCCACCGAGCUACCGCUGCCUGCGUGUUCGGCUGCGGAGCGGGUGCGGUGGUGUUGUGGCUCCUGAAAAAGUGGAUUAGUAAGCGGAGAAGGAACGGCGACGCGAGCAGUUCUUCGACCGGUGCGGACAAAGAGGACUUGUUCAAGAGCAGUACUAAAAACAACAAGUUCAACAAAGGAGCAGAACAAAAGUCCGAGAGAAGUGCCGCGUACCAGGCACUCUACGGCGCUUUGAAAUUGCGCAACCCAAACACGCUCGGCGUAAACAGCAUCGAUUACAAGCCGUCGAAUUCGGUUGCGCUGCCCGUGUGGGUCGACCUGGAGGUAGCGGAGGAGGACAUGAUGGUGUAGGUCAGGUGUUUAGGUUUCGACAUUCGAAGACAUCAUGAUUGGCAGAAAAUUGAUUGGACAUCGGAAUUGCCGUAAUUAGAUUGAUACGCUUCGCUUUCAGAUAACUGUAAAUUAAAACUGAUGAAGUACUAUUGAUGCCUCUUUGUCGAGGUCAUUGGAAUUUGGAAUUACGACACGACACUUAUACUCAAAUCUUGGAGUUACUCACAUACAGUCACAUUCGACAAUUUUACAAUGUGUACAAUACCAGCGUUUCUGCCUUCUAACUACAUUGACAUUCAUUGAUCAAUUGAAUUUCGUCUAUCUCGAGCAGUUUCCGAGAAAAUUUUGUUUGGAAUAAAUUGUGACAGAGUCAUCUGCAACAAGAACAAUUUUGAAAUUGGAAGUAACACACGACAUUUCUACUACAACAU